AUGUUGAUGCCUCAGCCUUCACUACGACGAGACCGCAUGCAGGGUGGUGAAAGCGGACACGGCACCGGCGGUGUCGCCUGGAACGAGCACAUGGUGGACGCGCCGAAGCUAAUCGAGGAGGCCACACUACAGCUGCUGGCCUGGCACGCCAACCUCGCACUCAGCAAUGGACCCGAUUCCAACGUCUGCGUGCGCCCCUCAUGCUGA